CCGUCGUUUUCGCGUUCCAUCCUCCUCCUCCCUCCUCCUCCUCCUCCGCCCUUUCCACACUCAAAUCUUUGACAUUUUUUUCUAACAGAAUCGCAGGGGCGACACGACUCCCUCCCCCACGUUUCCACGCCCCUCCUUUGACUUUCUUCCCUCCUCCUCCUUCCUUCGUCUUCGUCUUCGUCUUCGUCUUCGCCUUCGCCUUCGUCAUCGUCUUCGCCUUCUGCCGCAGGCCACCGCCGCGUCCCCACCGCAUUCUCUCUCUCUCUCUCUCUCUCUCUCUCUCUCGCUAUAUCUCAAUCGAUAUCGAUCGAUCAAUCGAGACUCCGGCUUCGGCUUCGGCUUCGCGUCGAGGACUCGCUCGUUGUUCGGGCAGGUGGCGAUCGUAUCUCUGCUCGAUCUAGUCCGUGGAGCUCGGAGGCGUUGCUAAUCGCGGUGCGCGCCCUUCGGUCGCUUCCGUCGUCGUCGGACGGCCUUCUUUGUUCUCGUAGAUAGCUUCUUCCAGCAUUCUGGAGCUCACAGCUAUCAAAGGAAAGUUGAUCAAAUCCUUGGAAGCAACAUAGGGGGUGAAGCUUGAAAUGCACUAAGAUGCAAAUUAGGAUUGUUAACAAUGGAAGUUUUUAGCUGUAAUGCUGGCAUAAUUUAUGCUGAAGAGGAUAAAGAAUCAGCAGUGUGAUGUCUGCCAAUAGAAGCUCAAGAAAUGGGCAUAGUGGCGAUGGUCUUGGCAGCCAACAAUCUGGUGCUUUAAGCAGAGGUGGCCUCGAAAAACAUUCCCACGAAAAGAUUUCCAAUGGAGAUGGCAAGAUUGAUCAUUCACACGACCCAGACCCAGAGACUAUGGAACUUUAUGCCCGAGCUAGGGCACAAGAAAGGGAGAUCCAGACUCUUCGCGAACAAAUUGCCGCAGCUUACGUGAAUGAAAUGAAGCUCUUGAGUGAAAAAUAUGCCUUAGAGAAGAAAUUUGCGGACAUAAGACUGGCAAUCGAUGAAAAGCAAAAUGAAGCCACUGCCUAUGCCUCAAGUGAACUGGCCCGUAGGAAAGGUGAUCUGGAGCAAAAUCUAAAAUUAGCUCAUGAACUGAAGGAAACAGAGGAUGAAAGAUACAUGUUUGUGUCUUCCAUGCUUGGUUUGUUGUCUUCAUAUGACAUAUGGCCACCAGUCUUGAAUGCCACUGCCAUAUCCACAUACAUUAAGCGUUUGCAUGAUCAAUUAAGGUGGAAGCUUAGGACUUCAGAGGAUAAAAUUAGAGAAGCAGAAAAUGCAGGGGGAAUCAAUAUUGGGAAUGCUUCGGAUGUUAAAGACAAUAAUUGGUCUGGCAUGCCAACAAGACAAGUUCCCCAAACAUCGAUGUUAUAUUCCCACUCUUCUGUGCGCAAUCAUCAGGGUGUUUCCGGUCGAGACACAUAUAAAGAUGGGAAUGCUUUGGAACUAACGAACAACUUGUCAAAAUACAUGCAUUACAAUCAACCUACCUCUUUGCAGAACUUAACAUAUGAUCAGGCAAUGAGCCAGCAACUGGGUACUGAUAAUGCAGCAGAAUUUGCAUUCGAUAUACGCAGGUCUUCAGAGUCUUCAGAUAGAAUACUGAUGGAGGCAAUAGCAUCUCGAACUCCUAACAAUGAUGACAGUGUUGCUUCCAGUGCUUCUCAAGGGGGACCGGGUAUAGAUGGUUUUCAGAUUGUUGGUGAAGCUACACCAGGCAACCAACUUCUUGGGUGCGGAUAUCCUGUUCGUGGAACUUCACUUUGUAUGUUUCAGUGGGUCCGUCAUCUUCCCGAUGGUACUACGCAGUACAUUGAGGGUGCAACAAAUCCAGAAUAUAUUGUUACUGCUGAUGACGUUGACAAGCUUAUUGCUGUUGAAUGCAUACCAAUGGAUGACCAAGGCCGCCAGGGGGACAUCGUGAGGCUUUUUGCUAACGACCAGAAUAAAAUAAAAUGUGAUCCAGAAAUGCAAAUGGAGAUUGAUACAUAUCUUUCUAGUGGUCAGGCCAUGUUUAAAAUUGUAAUAAUGCUGCUUGAUUCUUCUGAGAAUUGGCAAUCAGCUACCUUAGUUUUGGGACGGUCUGCCUACGAGAUCAAAAUCAUUGAAACGGGGGCUUUAUUAAUUGCUGAGAAGUUCUCAAAUCAGUCGUCUAUAAAAGUUCCUUCUGGGCUCUCGACGCAGUUUGUUUUGACUUGUUCAGAUGGAUCUACCUAUCCUAUAAACACAUACAAUGUCCGAAGGCGCGACACUCUUGUGGUGACCAUGAGAAUGUUCCAAAGCAAGUCUCUGGAGGACAAGAGAAAAGCAAGAGCAUAGACUUAGGGAGUCGGUCGUAGUGUCAAUAGUAAAAUUCCCCCCACCAUAGAAAUUCAGAAACAAUGAUUUGAUGUCGAGGCUUGUAAUUUGAUUUUGAUAAUUCAUGCUGUAAUUGUUUUGUCUUCUACGGGCUGUAAUGUUUUUUACCGUAGGCAUCACUACACGGCCUGCGUUAAUCGAUGACAGUGAGCAAUGUCCUCCUUCCUUUCCGCGACUAGAACUUCUGACAUGAGCUCUACUCCACGUGGUCGGGGCUGCCUGAAA